AUGAUCAAGAUCUGGAACAUGAAGAAGGCAGAGGGCUCUGGUCCCAAGAAACCAAAGACGAGUGCCGCUCAGAUUCGCGUCCAGAAAGACGUGACAGAGCUCGAGCUACCACGGACGAUGAAGAUGGAUUGGCCAGAUGCAAAUGAUCUCCUCAACUUCUUCCUCACUAUUUCCCCCGAUGAGGGCAUGUACAAAGGCGGAUCGUUCAAGUUUAGCUUUGCCAUUAACAGCAACUAUCCUCACGAGCCCCCAAAGGUCAAGUGUGUUCCCAAGAUCUAUCAUCCAAAUGUCGAUCUCGAGGGCAAUGUCUGCUUGAACAUUCUCCGCGAGGACUGGAAGCCCGUCUUGAACCUCAACUCGGUCAUGGUCGGUCUCCAGUAUCUCUUCUUGGAGCCAAACGCAGACGACCCGCUCAACAAAGAGGCCGCCCAGGACCUGCGGAGCAAUCGUCAAAACUUUAUCCGCAAUGUCAACAGGUCAAUGGCAGGCGGAAGCGUCAAUGGCGAGACGUUUGACAGAGUCCUCAAGGACGCCGAGUAG